ACCUGUUCCGCGGCCGAGCGAGGGAAUGGGACCAGAAAUAAAAACGGACUUCCCGCAGGACCUUAAAAGGCUAAAAAGGUCGUUAAAAUAAUUCUUUGUAAGUUCGGACUGCUGGCGAGCAGUGUCGCACUUCCCAACGUGGACGAUUAUACGUGUAUGGAAGACGGGAAUGAGCUCAGCAGCAGGUAGUUUGCUGAGGAUCAGCGGGACUGUGGCUCCAGGGAAGCCGUGUGUGGCAGCGCUGAAAAAUCGUGUGUUCCGGAUUAUGGAGUCUCCGAUAAUGAGUGUGGUUGGGGAGAAUAGUGGAGGAGGGGGCGACUGCUGCUGCUUGUCAUGGCUGGAUGUUGCCCUGCGGUGUCGAACAGAGCUUCCACAGAAAGAUGUUCUUCAGGAGGAGGAGGAGGAGCAGGAGGUUCUCACUGAGCAGCAGCUCUGGAACCAGGAGAGGAACUCUAGUCUGGACCAAGAGGAACCAGAGUCUCUACAGAUUAAAGAGGAAGAGGAGGAAAUCUGCACCGGUCAGGAGCAGGAGCAGCUUGAACUGAAGCAGGAGGCUGAUACCUUUAUGUUGACUCCUAAUAAUGAAGAAAGUGAUCACAUGAAACUAGACACUGACCACCAGCUCCUCUCUGCUGUAGUUGAGAGUCAAGAUCAGAGAAAUAUUACAGGUGAAAAUCCCCAUAUGUGUGACAUUUGUAAGAAAUGCUUUCGACAUAAAGGUAGCUUGAAGUACCACAUGAGAACUCACACGGGUGAGAAGCCAUUUUCACCCGCUGAGAUUCCAGACCACACAGUCCACAUGAGAAAUAUUCCAAAAGAAAACACCUAUGUAUGUAUGUGCAACCUUUGUAAGAAAUGCUUUACACAAACAAGUUACUUGAAGCCGCACAUGAGAAUUCACACAGGUGAGAAGCCGUAUUGUUGUGAAACGUGUGGAAAGUAUUUUCGAUUUGGACCAAAUUUGAUAAGACACAGAAAAACUCACACAAGUGAUAAGCCCCAUGUUUGUAACAUUUGUGAGAAAAGUUUUUUGUUGAAAAGUACCUUGACAGACCACAGGAAAACUCACAGGUGAAAAGCCCCAUGUUUGCAACAUUUGUAAGAGAUGUUUUUCGCACCGACGAUCCUUGGUGUACCACGUAAGAACUCACACAGGUGAAAGGCCCCGUGUUCUUAGAUGAUUAUUAUCCUGAUCAUUGAAACUGUGUUUCUUUAAAAUGCCCCAUAUGUGCAACAUUUGUAAGACAUGCUUUUCGGAAAAAAUCAGUUUGACGAACCACAUGAGAACUCACACAGGUGAGAAGCCCCAUAUUUGUAAUAUUUGUAAGAGAAGCUUUGUGCUUAAAAAAAACCAUGACGAACCACAUGAGAACUCACACAGGUGAGAAGCCAUAUUCUUGUGAAACAUGUGGAGUGUGUUUUUGAGAAAAUUCAACUUUCAUAAGACACAAAAGAAUUCACAUGAGAAGCCCCAUGUUUGCCACAUUUGUAAGAAAUGUUUUGCACGUAUCGAUACUAUGACGGACCACAUGAGAACUGACAAGUGAAAAGAAGCCAUAUACCACUGAUGUGGAUGGACACAGAAUGUUAUGGAGCCUCAUGAAUUUGAAAAUUGCCUCCAAUAUGUUGGUGAAUCAUUGUAGGAUUGGCUCACUUUCAAACUGCAAAUCCCAAAUGUGGUAUUUUAAAUGCACGGUUGGUGAUAAAUUGUGUGAAAUGAAUUUCAUUAUCUUGGCCAUGACAGUGGAUUUAAACUUACUGAAUCUGUCUCUGAUUUUGUUAUUGAAUCAGUUGUUUUUGUUUACUUCUGUAGGUAAAAGUAGGUGUCUUUGAUUCUAUGAAAUGAGUCCAUUUUUAUUUUUAUCCUUUUUUAUAUGAUGAUUGUCCUUAUCAUUGAAAGUGUAUUUCUUUCAAACAUUUAUCGCAGUUGUUAAAGUCCUGUAAAUAAAAGUUUUGAGUUUG